AUGCAUUAUUAUUAUAUACCCAAGAUCACAUGUGACCUUCCUCAAUAUCAAGUUGAUAGAUCUGUUUUGACAUCUUUCAAACAUUUGUGGUUGGCAGAUACAAAUUGUUUCCAGCCUGGCCCAAUAGAUAUUCUUUUGGGCGCAGAUGUAUUUGGCGAGAUAAUGCUUCAUGGACGUUUAACUGUUCAGGGUCAUUCGUUAACAGCCUUGGAAUCAAUAUUCGGCUGGGUCAUUAUCGGAAAGACUAAAAGUGUAUUGCAGACAAUUGUAUCGAAUCAUGCUAGUUGUACCAAUGUUCAGCUCCAGCUUGAAAAAUUUUGGAAAUUGGAAGAAAUUUCGGAGAUAAAGCAUUACACAGAAGAGGAAAUUGAAUGUGAAAAUCAUUUCAAGCGGAAUUUUUCUCGUGAUUCAACAGGUAGAUUUGUUGUUAAGUUUCCAUUUCGUAGAUCGGGAAAUGAACUUGGGUCAUCAAGGGAUGUUGCUGUACAUCGUUUACAAAGCAUUGAACGUCAAUUUAUUAAGAAUAAAUCUCUUUCCAGUCAAUAUCACAAAUUUAUGGAGGACUAUCAAUAA